AUGGACACAAACCACAACCUGUGCCACCAAGGAAGGUAUUUUGUUUUGGAGGUGACUCUGCUGGAAAAUUACCACCUGCAUGCAGUGAGUGUGUGCCUGGGGCAGUGCAGGAGCAGUAUAAAAGCAGGUCCUUCUCCUCGCUCUCUCAUCCACUGUUCUUGCCUCCAUCCCCUUGGGAACAAGGUGCAUCUCCAGCCCCAAGCCAUGUCCUGCUACAACACCUGCCUGCCCUGCCAGCCCUGCGGCCCGACCCCACUGGCCAACAGCUGCAAUGAGCCCUGUACCCUGCAGUGCCAGGACUCCAGGGUUGUCAUCCAGCCCUCUCCCGUGGUGGUGACCCUGCCCGGACCCAUCCUCAGCUCCUUCCCUCAGAACACCGCCGUGGGAAACUCCACCGGUGCUGCUGUUGGCAGCAUCCUCAGUGAUGCGGGAGUGCCCAUCAACUCUGGGGGCUUUGGACUCUCCGGCUUGUCCGGCUUCGGUGGCCGCUACUGUGGCACCAGGUGCCUUCCCUGCUAAAGCUGCUGCCUGCAGUGAGAUCUCCAUUUGCAUCGGCCUCGUUUCCCUCCUUUGACUCAAUAAAGUUCUGACGCAUCCUAGCUUGCACUGCUGUCUCAU